CUUCAGAAUCAGAUGUUACGAAUUUUUGGACUUUUCUCUUGCUGGCCAAGGAGCAAUAUUUGGUUAUAAGAUCGUCUGGCAACAGUUUUUCAGUCCUGUGUGCCACUUUUCGACGCUCGCAGUUAUACUUCAGCUAGGUCGUUUGGCUCGUAGCCUCGCAGAGCAGGUCAAGCUAAAUUGAAGGAUACUCCAGGGUAGUGAUGAAUGUAAGAAGACACAUUAAGCACAAAGUUGGACAAUUCACCCCAAUACAAGUCAAAGUUCGCGAUGCAACCUCGAAUGAUCCAUGGGGUCCUCCGACUGCUUUGCUAGCAGAUAUCUCUGAUGCUGCUCAAAACCCGGACAUUCUCGAUGAAAUCUUUCAGAUAAUCUGGAAACGCCUCGGCGACGAUGGAAAGAACUGGCGCCAUGUCUUCAAGUCCCUGGUGCUUGUUGAGUACCUCAUCAAGACUGGCCCCUUGUCUAUCAUGGAAAUGUGCUCUGCACAAGCAUACUGCAUCAAUACACUGAAGAACUUCCAGUUCGAAGACAAAGAUGGCAAGGACCAUGGAGCUAACGUGCGCGAUAAAGCUAAACAGAUAUCAGCGUUGCUGAAAGAUCCAGACCUGAUGAGGGAACAGCGCAAUUCAGCAUUACAGGUGAAAAGGACAUUUUCUGAGAAAGACCACUCACCGCAUACAAGAGAUUAUUGCAGCCCUGAACCGUCCAAGAUUGGACGCUCUGCGAGUAUUACGGCACUAUCUGGGCAGGAAAAGAACCUUGACACACAACUCCAUGGCUCCUCAGGUGGCAGACCAAGAGCAGCUAACCAGUGGGAGGCAGAGGCACAGCGACAGACUGCAGCACUGCAGAUAAACACACACGGCGAGAAGUUGUCUGCAAGUGAGAUUGAAGAGCGUCUUGCGGAGAAAGCGAAAGCGCUCAGCUUGAUAACGUCAGGCAUGUCAGUGUCAGAACCUGCUAUACGGACACAAGCUGCGUCAGCCGAUCCCUGGGGAGUGCCAACGAAUGCUGCUGCCGCUACUACUGCUAAGUCAACUGCUACCCGGCCGACUUCAUCCUCCCAGACCGACGCAUGGGGAUCUGCAAAACCUGCAAAACCAGCAGCGCCCGCUCACAACGACCCAUGGGCUAGUCCUCAAGCAGCAAUGGAUGCAUUCGGCUGUCCUACCUUCUCUGCUGCGGCACCCGUUACCCCUGGUAGUAAGGCAGUGCCAGGCCAGCAGGAAGACGAGGAUGCUUUUGGCUCUCCUGCGUUUGGUUCUCCUGCAAUGACGCGCCACACCAGGAGUCAACAUGAUUUGCCGGCGCAGGGAUUCAGUUUUCAAGAGAACCAACUUUCUCCCGCCGGCAGCCAGAGCUCUGUGGCGCAUCCGCCUUUAAGUCACACUGCUUCGGCACCAUCGGCUCGCCAGUUUGCUCCUCAGCAGCCUGUUGUUCAGGGCAUGCCUAGUCCUCUUGCCACCGGACCGCAGGCUUUCGCUGGCAUGUCAGGCCAAUUUCCCGCCGACCAACAAGCAGCACAGCAGCAGAUGCAGCAGCAGCAACCAGUCGAAUAUUCUCCGUCACCCUCCCCCGUGGAUACCAAGCCAGCCUUCCUAGAUGAUCACGACUGCGCAUUGGUCAACUUAGACAAUCUCCUGACUGCUAAGGAGAGGCCUGUUACACCAAAGCAGCCAAACUCCCUUAACCAUAUACGCACCAGUCAGUCAUCCCCUACGCCAGGCAAUUUAGGCAACGCUGCUUCGGCUGACGGGACUAUCCUGCCCAGUCCGUUGAUUCCAGCACCCGAUUCCAACCAGCCACGCGUACAGCCCGGCAGAACGUGGAGCUCUACCAACAUGGCCCCCACCAACAGCAUGGGCAUGGGUGGUAUGGCCCCUGCCAACAUGGCAAUGGGUGGUAUGGCCCCUGCCAACAUGGCAAUGGGUGGUAUGGCCCCUGUCAACAUGGCAAUGGGUGGUAUGGCCCCCGGCAACAUGGCAAUGGGUGGUAUGGCACCUGUCGGUAUGGCUCAGGUUGCCAUGGUACCCACAGGCAUUCCUCCUGUUGCUGUGGCAUCGGCUGGCAUGGGAGUGGUGCCUGUGUCCAGCGUUGGCUCUAUGGGAGGUGGUGGGAUGCAGUACGCUGGCAUGAUGCCACCCACUGGCAUGCCUCCCCUUUCUGCAGCGACGUCCAUGCCCAUGCAGCAACAACACCACCAGCAGCAGCAAGCGCCCAUGUAUGCGGGUCAUCAGCAGCAGCAGCAGCAGUUUAUGCAGCAAUCUGCAGGUAACAAUCCUUUCUUCCGAUGAGCAAGGUAUGCAGCAGUGCCGUUGAUCACGGGCACUGCAGUUUGAAACCACUAUUUAUUUUGUUCCACAACCCAUAGCAACAGGCACCGGAUAUUGACAUACGUAUUUUUUUCUUCCUUUCAUGACGGACACCACUUUCUGCUCAAUUACCAAUCGGAGAUGAGCGGGGGAUGUGCUUGCCAAUUUGACCAGUCCUCUUUGCUAUCAACGCUAGUGUUAGGCCUUGAGCUCGCGCCGCAGUGCAUUUAGAAACUGCAUGGCAGCUAUUUGCUAUGUUUAGACUCUAGGACCCUGCUGUGCCCCCGCCGCCCCCCAGCCUGUAGGCAAUCACGGCGGCAGUAUCCGUUUACCCUGCCUUCCGCUAUUUUCCGGCCAUUGGCUCCUUGCCACGUUUCUCACAUUCUUUGCUGCGUUAUUUUUCAUAGGCAUUGUAUAAGCACCAUUGCAUGUCUUCAUAGGCACUGUAAACACGACCGCGUGUAUUUUUUUGUCAUUGAAGACUGGCGGACUCCCGACACUUUUCAACUAUUUUUGAACCGCAUGCCCAGAUGUGGCCUCCACUGCCACUUCACCACUGAUACUCAGCGUUGCUUUGAUUCGAUGAGCACUUGAGCACGGA